AUGAGUGAUCCAGGAAGGGCAGCUAGCCCAAUUAAGAGACCGUUGGUAUUGGAUCGUAAAACAUCAUCCGCAGGCUUACUACCCCAAUCAAAACCACAGGCUAAUAACUAUGCUAGUGAUCCUACAACUGCCAUUAACUUUGAAAAUGCUGAUCUAAAUAAACCAAUUGAUGAACAAGGUAAGCAACUGACAAGUAGCUCUAAUAGCUUGAUUUCUCCUAUAAUACAUACCAGUGAUGAUAUUUUAUCCGAACAAUUGGAUGAUGAAGAUGAAGAUGAACACGAUCUUCUGAAUAUAUUACAAGAUUUGAUGAUUAAUGAACAGUAUAAGAUAAAGAUUGAUUCAAUGAACAAUAAGAAGAAUGACUUCCAAAAUUGGAACAUCUUUAAUAAGCCCUUGACCAUUGAAGACAUUUUAGCUAGUGAUGAUGCAGGUAAAUUUCACGAUAAAUUUAAGCAAUUUUUCAUAUUAUCAACUGCAGGAAAACCAAUAUAUUCGAUGAAUGGAUCGGAUGAUAUCGUGAUUGGAUACAUGGGUUUAAUAACCACGAUAGUAUCGACAUUCCAGGAAAAUAUGAAGGAGGAUUUUAAAUCAAUAAAGUAUGGAAACAAUUUAAAGCUUUCAGUAUUGAACAAAGAUCCAUUGUUAUUUGUAUCAAUAACCAAGUUGAACUAUGAAAUAAUACCAUCGUUAGAAUCUCAAAACGAUGAUUAUCAUCUAAUAAGACAAUUGAAUACAUUGUAUAACUAUGUGUUAUCGAUAUUAUCCAAAACAACCAUCACAAAAAACUUUAAUAAUCGAAUGAAUUAUGAUUUAAGAAAAAUCUUGACUCCACUUGAUUUCAGUAAUUUUGAUAAUUUAUGUAUGAAGCUAACUUACGGGCUUUCGACUAAAGAACCGAAUAAGUACGAUUCAGGAUUCGAAUUUUUCAUCAGUGAAUUAUUAGGGUCUAAUUUACAAAGCACCAAAAUAAGUCAUACUGCUAGAAGCAAGUUGAACUCCAUCUUAUUAGGCUGUAAGAAAUUAAAAGCCAAAGAGGAAUCAGAUACUUCAUCGAUUUUCAAUCUACAAGAGAAACAAGAGCAGUAUAUAAGCGGAGACUUAUUAUUUUCAUUAUUAACAUUUGGAACUGAUAAGAUAUUAACCAUGAUGAGGCCUCGAAAUCAUCAACUAACAAAUGAUGAUAUCCAAACGCUUUUAUUAACUAUACAAUCUACACCAUUGAAUCAAGAAAAAAACGAAUCUCUGGAAGAUUUGUGGAUACCAUUAUGUAUGCCUAAUUUCAAUAGCAAUGGAUUCUUAUACGUUUUCGUUAAAAAAUUCGAUUUAGCGGAAUACUUGUUGGUAGAUGGGAAAAAUAUCGAACCACAAAUCAUUACGAUUAUAUUGAUAAGUGGCAAUAAAAACAGUUUCUUUCAAAUGAAGGAAAUUUCGGAUCAUAUAAUAUACAAAAUCAUCAAGAAUGAAAUCUUUCGGAAUAAAUUAAGUGACGAACUAAUGAAUAGUUGUAAUUUAAAAAUCUUCAAGAACGAAGAGGAUCAAUUCAUCAAGCAUUUCAUAUAUAAACUGAAGUUGCAUAAACAGUUUUUCAUGAGUGAUGCUUUGACCAAAUCUGACGAUCUAGACGUGAAUCAAAUACUACAAUUAGUUUAUUUCUAUUCAAUUUUAAUCAAGACAAAGUCAUCAAGCAUCAAAACAAUCACGGUGAAGAAUAAGAAACUUACAUAUUUGAGAUGGCAAUUGAACAAUCAAACCAUCACUGGGUUCAUGUUAUCUGACCAGCAAUAUGAGUUCUACUGUUUGAGUGACGAACUGAUCAAGUCGCAACAAGUGAUUAAUCAGAGUUUGAAAAUCAUAAAAUGGUGUGAAAAAAAUUAUGAAAGACUAUUUAUUGGAGAAGGCGUUUGUUUUUAA